UAUUUGGCAGGGUUAAAUUGGUUUUCCCUCUGUAGAUUAGCACAGCUUGCAGUAUGAGCCACAGCCACAGUCUUGUGGCUCAGAUGUCUCUCUUGUGAAUCAAACACUGGUGGUGUCUGAAGCUAAUGUUAACCAGCCUGCUGAGCGAGUGUAAUCCUUACACAGACAUCUGACUCAUGAAGGAAGAAGGUCCGCUGCGACGUAGGUUUUCUUCAUGCGCUGGAAUUUCAUCCACUGUGUUUCCUCUGCGAACUGAUGGCCGAAAACUUGUCCGGAAUGCUUCGUUUGGAGGAUACAAUGAACUUUCUCCUACUUUACCAGGUUUUGACAAAGGGAAGGAUGACGCAUCACAAAGUAAAGAAGAUUCAGCGCAUUCUAUGUCAAAAAGCAAGUCUGAGUCCAAGCUUUACAAUGGCUCGGAGAAAGACAUCUCCUCAGCUUCAAGUAAGCUCACAAAAAAAGAGUCUCUUAAGGUUCAAAAGAAAAAUUACAGAGAAGAGAAGAAGAGAGCCACGAAAGAAUUACUUAGUACAAUCACAGACCCAUCAGUUAUUGUUAUGGCUGAUUGGCUGAAGAUUCGUGGUACCUUGAAAAGCUGGACCAAAUUGUGGUGUGUGUUGAAACCAGGAGUACUGCUUAUUUACAAAACCCCCAAAAAUGGCCAGUGGGUAGGAACAGUGCUCCUGAAUGCUUGUGAGCUCAUUGAGCGGCCUUCCAAGAAAGAUGGCUUUUGCUUUAAACUCUUCCAUCCCUUGGAGCAGUCCAUAUGGGCUGUUAAGGGUCCUAAAGGUGAAGCAGUUGGCUCAAUAACUCAACCGUUACCCAGCAGUUACUUGAUCAUCCGAGCAGCUUCAGAAUCUGAUGGCAGGUGUUGGAUGGAUGCAUUGGAACUGGCUUUAAAAUGUUCAGGCCUACUUAAACGUACGAUGAUUAGGGAAGGUAAAGAACAUGACUUGAAUGUUCCAGCAGAAAAUACACAUGUAUCUUUCUAUGGAUUGCUGCGUGCUAACAACUUGCACAGUGCAGAAAACUUUCCACUAAAUGACAGUGAAAUUGAAAGGCAGCAUUUUAAGGAUCAAGAUCUGUACUCUGACAAAUCUGAUAAAGAGAAUGAUCAUGAUCAUGAUGAGUCUGAUAAUGAUGGGCUGGGGAAAAGUGAAGAGAGUGACAGUGACACAUCAGAACGGCAAGAUGACUCUUAUGUUGAUCCAGAACCUAUUGAUGAUCUCAAAGAAACUACGUAUUUGGAACAAGUUCAUGAAGAACUUGGAGAGGCAGGGGAGGCUUCUCAAACAGAAGUAGUAUCAGAGGAAAACAAAAGCCUGAUCUGGACACUAUUGAAACAAGUUCGUCCAGGAAUGGACCUGUCCAAAGUUGUACUGCCUACAUUUAUCUUGGAACCACGCUCUUUCCUGGACAAACUCUCUGACUACUACUAUCAUGCGGAUUUCUUGUCUGAGGCAGCUCUUGAAGAGAAUGCUUACAAUCGUUUGAAGAAAGUAGUAAAAUGGUAUUUGUCGGGAUUCUACAAAAAACCACAGGGGCUAAAAAAACCAUAUAAUCCUAUACUUGGCGAGACUUUCCGCUGCAUGUGGAUUCACCCAAGGACAAACAGCAAGACUUUUUACAUUGCUGAACAGGUGUCUCAUCACCCCCCAAUAUCUGCUUUCUAUGUUAGCAACCGGAAGGAUGGGUUUUGUCUCAGUGGUAGCAUUCUGGCCAAAUCCAAGUUCUAUGGAAAUUCAUUGUCUGCCAUACUGGAAGGAGAAGGUCGGUUAAUGUUCCUAAAUAGAGGGGAGGAUUAUGUAAUGACCAUGCCAUAUGCUCAUUGUAAAGAUGAGCUCUGCUUUUCUGCAGGAAUUCUUUAUGGCACAAUGACUUUAGAGCUUGGGGGAACUGUCAACAUUACAUGUGAGAAGACUGGAUACAGUGCAACAAUUGAAUUCAGAUUAAAGCCAUUUUUGGGCAACAGUGAUAGUGUUAAUCAAAUAUCAGGGAAAAUUAAACUGGGCAAAGAAGUUCUAGCUAUUCUGGAGGGUCAUUGGGAUAGUGAAGUUUUCAUAAGUGACAAAAAGACAGAAGUUUCAGAGACCUUUUGGAAUCCAACAGAUGAGAUCAGACAGCGCAGAUUAACAAGAUACACUGUGAAGUUUGAGGAGCAAGAUGACUUUGAGUCAGAAAAACUUUGGCAACAAGUGACUCGAGCUAUAAACAACAAAGACCAAACAGAAGCUACUCAGGAGAAAUAUGUUCUGGAGGAAGCUCAGAGGAAGGCUGCCAAAGAAAGGAAACUUAAGGGUGAAGAAUGGAUCUGCAAACUGUUUGAACAAGAUCUAGUUGCAGGGGAGUGGCAUUACAGAUAUGCAGAUACCAGACCCUGGGAUCUACUGAAUGAUAUGAUACAGUUUGAAAAAGAUGGCGCCAUCCAAACAAAAGUUCAACAUAGGACCCCAAUGGUUAGCGUUCCAAAAAUAAAGCGAAAGCUAGCCAGUCAGCAAAAGAAAGGGGAGUGUGGUUUCUCUUCUCCAGAACCGGAUAAUCAAGAUUCCUCUGGAAGCGAAGCUCAACUAUUAAAGCAUAAUACAAGAAUCAGAAAGAAGGGGACAGACCUGGGUGAACUACAGAGUGCCAUUGAAUCUAUAAAGGAAACGCAAGAAGACAUUAAGAGGGACAUCAUGGCUCUUCGAAAUCGUGUCACUUCAAAUUUACCACCCUUGGACAACAACUUUCUGCAGCUUAAGCACUAUGUCUUCAUUUUACUCCUGGUUCUGCUACAGUUUAUUGUUAACUUCUUGUUCAAAUAAGAAAAUCUGAACAAGAGACUCUGAACUAGAAUGAUCAAACACUUACUGGGACCAUAUUUUAAGUUGGUUUGGACUUUAAAUGUUGCAAUAUUAUCUAAAAGAGCACUGUAGUAACAACUUAAAGAAUUUUUGCCUCAAAUCUUUAUGCGUUCUUGGAUCAAGAUCAGAUUCCUGCCUACCCAGUUGGUGAGAAACAUGUAAGUGCCAGUACUCUUGCUCCUUGUCUGCAUCACAUGCAUACAUGACACUAGCCUUGUGUUUUGUAGUAUAUUAUAGGCUACUGACUUUUUAAAAAAAAUCCUCAUAAUGUUACUCAAAAAUCAGAGGUGUUUUUUUUCCUUGCAGUGAGGACACCUAAUUCACACUGACAGUGAUAAUGAAAAAAUGAGAAAUGACAAGCCAUGUAACACUUCUUCAAGUCACCAUUUUGUAACAAAAUACCCCUUGGGAGUACCUAGACUUACUAUUUUCUUAAACUUGUGGAGGAGGAAAAAUCAUUUAUGCCCAAAUGAAAUGGAUGCAUUUCUGUAGGUACAAAAUUUUAAUUAGAUGGCUGUUAAUACUCCAUACAAAUACCAUGUUAAUGGCCCACCAACUUAUGAACUCCAUAUUUCUGGGGUUUAUAUUUGAUGGCUGCAUUUACUAAACUAAUAAGCAUGAAUUAAGUUUGUGACUCUCUUACAGUAAGUUACAAGAGAUUACUUACUGCCUUCAAUUUUUUUCUUUGAGUUACAGAAACAGCAGUGAUGUGCAUUAAGUGUAAGGGGUUUGAUUUUAGUCUCUGAAAGGAAAAGAGAUUUGGGACUAAGU